AUGGCCUCUCCGGUCCGUCCUAGGUCAGAAGAGACCUUUGCCUCGCCUGUCGCAAGCUCGCCUUCGACCGCAUUCCCUUUCCCAGACGUAUCCAAGGGGCCAUAUGGCGCCUCUAGAGGAGGCCUGCGACGUGGCUCGACUGCAAGCUCCAUUGCUAGUAUAGGGGGCGCGCUCGAUACUGGCUCAAUCAACACUACAAUCACGGAGACCGGCCAGAAUGCUAUUUCCACCUUGCUCCAACACCCAAUUGUGCGCACCGGAUUGCAAGCAAGCGCCCCUGUACCGCACUCCGGCUACAAGGUGCCCAGCCAUCGCGAUAUUCCCCCUGUUGCGUUGACAAACAUCCCUCAUAUCGAAUCGAAAGCGUUCCACCCGUAUCUCUCACAAGUUGGGUCAUUGUAUGAAGCAUUUCAACGAGCUAAGAAUGAAGGCGAAGGAGAGACAUCCUUGUUUCAUCGAGACAAGAAGGAAACAAAAAACGAAGAAUGGGACGCCAUUCUGAGCAAGCGUCUACAGACAUCUGGUCAUUCUCGGACCGGGUCCAUGAGCUCGACCGUGUCUACGCCAAUCGACACACCACAGCCAAAGAGGAGGUCAAGCGGGCAGCGCCGUCAAGCUGUCACGCCUUUAUCCACCCUCCCUUCGGUCUAUUUUGAGGAAGACUUUCACUUGGAGAACCCAAGGACGUUCGAUAUCGUCUCCGAACAUUCGGAAAUUGUUCGCGACCCCAACGGUACUCCGAGUGGAAGGAGGUCAUUAGCUACAAAUGCCAUCUUGCAAGAAAAGCUGUCUUGGUAUAUGGAUACCGUGGAGGUUCACUUGAUCAACUCUAUUUCAACAGCAUCCAAGUCUUUCUUCUCGGCUCUCGGCUCACUCAGGGAGCUACAUGGCGAAGCCGCCGACUCAGUGGACCGCAUUCAAAGAUUACGAAAGGAGCUGGCGAGACUUGACAAGGAAAUGGCGAUUGAUGGUCUGAAAGUGGUCAAUCUCAAACAGCGUCGUGACAAUGUUCGCCAACUCGCCCAGGCGAUUAUGCAGCUUGAAGACAUCGUCAAGGCUGUGCAGAGCUGUGAGGACAUGGUCGAAAAGGGCGAAAUCGGCGAGGCUUUAGACAGUUUGGAUGGAGUCGAGGCGUUGAUCGCUGGAAGGGAACUAAAGUCAGCGGCGCCUAACGAGUCCGGCCAAUAUCCGAGACGCGAUCUCCGAAGAAUCAAGGCGCUCGAAGGUGCAUUCGAUGACUUGAAUCAGUUAAGGUAUAGGGCUGGGCGAGGCUACGAAGCCAGGUUUCACUCCAGUCUGUUAACCGACAUCAGACGACACGUUGGACAAACGGAAACUGGUGCAACACUUCACAGGUGGGGUAACGCAUACACAAGACUGAGGCCUGGCCAAAGAAGGGCUCCUUCGAGCUUCCCUGGUUACAUGAACAUCGGGCCUGAGUUGCGGGCCGAACUUGAAGCGGAGAUGAAGGGUCUGUCGAGGGCCAGAUACACCACGCCGGCCGCAACAACCUUCCGGUCCCUUGUCUUGCGAGAGAUGAAGAGUAUGAUCCGGAAGCAGUUACCUAGCUCCAACGACGAUGACAAUGUUUCCACGGUCUCAGCUUCGACCGCAGGUGGCAGACAGAUGAGUCAACAGGAAAAAUCGUCGAUACUGGCGCGAAAUCUGAGAGCGCUGGACGCGGAUGAUUGGUACCAAAUGUUGGCUACCAUCUAUACAAACAUAAGCGAGGGCCUACGCCGGCUUAGUGUGCAGGUCAAGAUUCUCCUGGACAUUACAAGCACUUUACCCGAUCAUACGGUUCAAUCCCCUGCGAGAAGUCCGGAGCCGGCAAGCAUCGAGAAAGUGAUGAGUCCUCCGACCGGCCGACCAAGGGCAACCAGUACUGUUCAAUCAGAGAUGCAACAGGCGCUGGACCUCUCGAGCCUCCUUGGUGAAGGUGUCGACCUGGUGCAGGCGCAGAUCACAAAGGUCGUCAAAGUGCGAUCGCAACAAAAUUCCGAGCUUCCCCUUACAGCGUUCCUGAAGUAUUUCAGUCUUAACAAGCUGUUUGCCGAUGAGUGUGAGGCGAUAUCAGGUCGAAGCGGGGUGGCUUUGAAAACCGUCAUCGACACUCAAAUCAAGGAUUUUGUAGCCCAUUUUGGGGACUCGCAAAAACACGACGUCAUCAAGGUGAUGGACAGCGACAAGUGGGACGCCAAAGACUUUGGCGAGCGUGAAAAUGAAAUCCUGGGUCGGGUCAUGCAAGGCAGCACUGGCGAUGCCCUCCUUUGGAUCGAAAGUACUAUGAUCUGGCAGACCCCGACCAACGGCUCUACAACAGCCAACGGCACGACGGCGAAUGGUACAUCUGGGGCUGCGGCGAAGGUGCGGAGUGCCGUGGUGGAUGAACAGAAGUACAUCCUCCCAGAAUCGGCCCUGGCUAUACUUCGAUCCAUCGAAAGCUUCCAACAUCUCGCAGCGGCCAUUCCUAGCAUGAGUCAUGAAGUGGCGAACUUGCUGCUAGACAGUCUGAAGUUGUUCAAUUCGCGAAGCUCACAGCUGAUCCUUGGAGCCGGCGCCACCAGGAGUGCUGGCUUGAAGAACAUCACGACAAAGCAUCUGGCGCUGUCGUCGCAGACGCUAAGCUUUGUGGUGGCUCUGAUCCCGUAUGUGAGGGAGUUCUUCCGCCGCCAUCUGUCCUCCUCUGCAGCACCACAAGUGAUGACCGAGUUUGACAAGGUGAAGCGCCUGUUCCAGGAGCAUCAGAGCGGGAUCCAUGAGAAGCUGGUCGACAUUAUGUCUGGACGAGCGUCCAUGCACGUCAAAUCCAUGAAAAACAUUGACUGGGAAGAAGCGGCCAAGAACAAAGCGACCACGGUCUCACCUUACAUGGAGACUCUGACUAAAGAGACAGCUACUCUACAGAAAGUGUUGGCCAAGCAUUUGCCGGAUCCCGUGGUGUCGGGGAUCAUGACGCCGGUCUUUGCCAGUUAUCGAGACCAGUGGACGAAUGCUUUCAAGAAUCUAACCCUCAGCUCGACUGCGGCGAAAGAGAGGGUCCUGGCGGACGCGGCAUUCUUCAAUUCGCGCAUCAGCAAGAUCGACGGAGCGGGAGACCUGGGCGAACACAUUGUCAACCUAGUGCAGGCGAAAGAGGUGUUGAACACAGCUCCGCCCCCGCCCCCUGUCGAGUCGUCUGCGGCACCCACGAUUGAUGGGCCAGAUCAGGAGAAAGAUCAGGACAAGGUGGGCCAAGGGGAAGAUGAGGCGAAACUGACUGAAUCGCAGAAGGAGGGCCAGGCGGCAAACACAGACGCAAACAGCUAG